AUGGAUAUUAUCGAAUCCAUUGAUAAUCUUCCGGUGCAAGAUCCUCCAGGAGAAGACUUCUCGUCAGCGGAUUUGAAUUGGGUCAAGUUUGGAAGUGCGGACAGAUGUGAUGAUGUGGCCCUAAUUCCUUAUGAUAGAGCUGAUGCUUUCAUCAUUGGAGAGUGUUCUAAGGUUGAGUGCCCGACUAGAUUUCACAUUGAGAGGGGACGAAAACGGGCGAGAGGGAGCUUAAAGGAAUUCAAGAAUGAUGAUUAUUUGGAGUACAGGAUGUACUGGUGCUCUUUUGGGCCUGAAAACUACGGAGAAGGUGGAGGUAUAUUGCCAAGCAGAAGGUAUCGGUUAAACACCCGAAACCGUGCAGCCAGGCCUCAAUCCAUGCGUGGCUGCACGUGCCAUUUUGUCGUGAAGCGUCUCUAUGCCCGCCCGUCCCUUGCCCUCCUCAUAUUCAACGAGAGGCGCCACGUCAACAAAGCGGGUUUCAUCUGCCACGGGCCCCUUGACAGGGAUGCUAUAGGGCCAGGAGCCAAGAAGGUUCCGUACAUCUGCAGUGAGAUUCAACAGCAAACUAUGUCCAUGAUAUACCUCGGAAUCCCUGAGGAGAAUGUUCUGGAAAAACACAUCGAAGGGAUCCAACGUUAUGGGGACUCGGAUGCAAGGGCCGAAAGCCUCGCCACUCGGUACGUGCAGAAACUGGGCACGAUCAUCAAGCACUCGACUCACGAGCUGGAUCUUGACGACCAGGCUAGCAUCCGGCUAUGGGUCGAACGGAACAAAAAAUCUGUUUUCUUCUAUCGGGACUCGACUGAAAACGAGCCUUUUGUUUUGGGGAUACAGACGGAGUGGCAGUUGCAACAGAUGGUCCGUUUUGGCCACCGGAAUAUGAUAGCAGCUGAUUCGACAUUCGGGAUUAAGCGACUGAAGUAUCCGUUGUGCACCCUUCUCGUGUUCGACUCGAGGCAGCAUGCACUCCCUGUUGCCUGGAUCAUUACUCGUAGUGUUGCAAAGCCAGACGUAGUCAGCUGGAUGAAAGCUCUACUUGAUCGAGUUUGCUUGGUUGACUCUGGGUGGAAAGUCAAUGGGUUUUUAAUCGACGAUGCAGCCAUUGAUAUUGACCCGAUAAGGCAUUAUACAUUUUCCUGCCCUGUGCUGUUCUCCCUCUGGCGUGUCCGUAGGUCAUGGCUGAGGCACAUUGUUAAGAAAUGUAGCAACAUUGAAGUUCAAAGGGAGAUGUUUAAGCGUUUGGGUCAAAUCGUGUAUGGCAUUUGGGGUGGAGUGGAUAUUGCACUCACUCUUGAAGAGUUCUUGCUGGAUUUUGUUGAUCAAAUUUCCUUUAUGCAAUAUUUUAAGGAUACUUGGGUGCCAAAGCUAGAGAUGUGGCUGAAAUCAAUGAAGACCCUCCCACUUGCGAGCCUGGAAGCAUCUGGCGCAAUUGAAGCUUAUCACGUGAAGCUGAAAGCUAAGUUAUACGAUGAGGACGACUCACAACUUGGUUCUCUCCUGCGGGUCGACUGGUUGGUCCACAAGCUGACGACUGAGCUCCACUCGAGCUACUGGCUCGACCGCUAUGCAGAUGAAAGCGACUCGUUCCUGAACGUAAAGGAAGAGUAUGUUGCCUCGACUUCCUGGCAUCGGGCCCUUCAAAUCCCCGAUCACAGCGUCUCGUUGGACGAUGAAGACCGUCUUUUUGCGAAAGUUGUGAGCCAGAAGGACAGCAAUUUGAUGCGGGUUGUUUGGAAUCCUGGUUCGGAAUUUGCCCACUGUGACUGUGAGUGGUCAAUGCAAGGAAACCUGUGCAAGCAUGUCAUUAAGGUCAACAUGGUCUGUGAAAAUCAUGGGCCACAGAUGUCGUAUAAAUCGUUUAUGAAUAUUUUGAUGGAUCUGUGGAGGAAACCGAUGGAUGAUUCAGUUGAGCUGGACAUUUCGGCUGCCUGGACGUGCCAAAUGCUCGAGCAGAUCAAGAAUGUUGUUCGUCUUAAUGAUUCGGACGAUAUAGGUCUCGUUGUGAAUGACAUGCCAUUGAAAUGGGCUGAUAAGAAGACCAGGACAUCAUCAUCGUCCAGUAGGGGGUUUUUGUGCCUUGCCCGGCCCUCUGAGAAUGGCCCAGACAAAUUUGCUGUGCAUAAAAGGAGUAGGAAGAGGAAGAGGAUUUCUCGUCUCUGA